GAUCAAGGAUCAGCCAAGGCUGGUAUUAAAACACACUCAGCAGCAGCUCGUCUUUGAAUACAUUUCCCCGAGGCGUCUUCAGAACUUAUUAAAGAGCAUCUUUCAGAUUCAGAAUGUAAUUUCUGUAAUGUUGUGAAAUCUUCGGCCAAAAUAUAAUACCAUCCGAUCAGGGUUCAGCAGAGACGCAGAGUCGGCGUGCACAGCGGAGGGACCUCUCCGAAGAUAUCCUCCUGGGCUUUGUAUCUUUUAUGAAACACAUCUGUCACUUCUUGACAAUGGAAACCAAUGGGAUUGAUCUGACCCCCCUAAACUUGAAUUCAACUGAAACAAACAACAGCAUUUGUAUUUUUGGAACUGGGGACUUUGGCCGAUCACUCGGAUUUAAAUUGCUACAGAGUGGCUUCCAUGUGAUAUUUGGGAGCCGAGACCCUACAAGGGCCAAUUUGCUCCCCAAGGGGGUGGAAGUGCUAGGCCACGCUGAGGCGGCACAAAAAUGCCCACUGAUCAUUUUGGCCGUACAGAGGGACCAUUAUAGUCCUUUUCUCGGGAAACUUGAAGAUGUUUUGGAGGGAAAAGUCUUAGUGGAUGUCAGUAACAACCUGAAGAUAAACCAGUACCCAGAAUCCAAUGCGGAAUAUCUUGCCCAGAUGCUACCAGGAGCUAAAGUCGUCAAAGCAUUCAACACGGUGUCAUCAUGGUCUCUGCAGUCUGGAACCCUGGAUGCCAGCAGACAGGUCUUUGUGUGCUCAGAUGACAACACAGCCAAACAGAAGGUGAUGGACAUUGCCCGUGCCAUUGGGUUGACACCACAAGAUAACGGAUCAUUAGUGGCAGCUAAAGAAAUCGAGAAUUACCCCCUCCAGCUUUUCCCUAUGUGGAGACUCCCCUUUUACCUAUGCGCAGGACUAACUGUUCUUGUUUUUCUUUACUGCGUGAUCAAUGACGUUGUCUACUCUGCGGUUGUCCUUGAAAAAGAUAUCUCCUUCCGACUGGCCAUCUCAAUUCCGAACAAGGUAUUCCCCAUUGUCUCUCUCAUACUGCUGGCCUUGGUCUACCUUCCAGGAGUGUUUGCCGCCAUUAUUCAGCUGUAUCGUGGCACAAAGUACAGCCGCUUCCCCAACUGGCUGGACCGCUGGAUGUUGUGUAGGAAGCAGCUGGGAUUGGUUGCCCUGUCCUAUGCCUUUCUCCAUGCCAUCUACACGCUGGUGAUUCCAAUUCGAUAUUAUGUACGGCACAGGAUAGCCACCAACACCAUAGCCCAGGCCAAGAAUAAUGAAACCAGCACCUUCUCAACAAUCACAGCCUGGAGGUCAGACUUAUACAUAGCCCUGGGAAUUCUUGGAUUUUUCUUCUAUGUUCUCCUUGGAAUAACAUCAUUGCCAUCUGUUAGUAACUCUGUCAACUGGAGAGAAUUCCGCUUUGUCCAGUCUAAACUCGGCUACCUCACCCUGGUGCUGUGCACAGGACACGCAUUUGUGUUUGGCUGGAACAGGUUCCUGAAUGUUGGUCAUUUCAGAUGGUAUAUGCCCCCUGCCUAUACGCUCUCUUUGGUCAUCCCAUGUGUCGUGCUGAUCUUCAAAUUCAUUCUCAUAAUCCCGUGUAUUGAUAAGCGGAUUACCAAAAUACGGCAGGGCUGGGAAAGACGGUCCACAGCUCAAGCAGAUAAGAAGUUUAAAAAUGGCCAUGUCGCUAUAUAAUUAUGUAUAGGAUGUACUGAGUCAGUAUGUUACAGAGGUGCAUCAAAAAUACCCCCAGAUUUUACCGCCUUGUUCUUCCUAUGUGUUGAAGAGACCUGUAGGGUCACAGCGAGAAUGCUCUUGGUGGUGUGACAACACCACUGCUUAAUUGCAAGGCAGUGGAUGAGGGUUGUCACCCUGUUACAGGAAAGGCCAGGGGAUCACAUGGCUAAUAGGGUAAAUUUUUCUAGAUUAAAAAAUAAUAAUAAUAAUAAAAAUCAUAUGGUUUAAAAGCAUAUGUAAACCCUCCCCUUGUAAAACAACCAUCUAUUUCAAAAUAGAAAUAAAAGGCAAAAUAUUUGUGUA